AUGAAUGGGUGUCUGCUGUCCACAGCUGCAGUCAGUCCAGUGUCCAGAAAACAGCACAGUUGUGAAUGUUUCUUUUGUUACACUACUAUUUAUUUCUUGGUUUCAGAUGCAGCCUUUCUUCAUAUCACCCCAAACAGACUGCAACAUUUUGAAUAUGAGUCUGUGUCCUUUAAUUGUGAGGGGAUUGCUGGUCCCACUCGCUUAAGAGGGGUAAGGAAUACUCAGGAAUUUAAUCCGGUAUGUGAUAUUAAGAGGACGCCAACAGUGUCCUCCUGCACCAUUGGUGAAAUCUAUAAAGGAGACAGUGGAGAAUACUGGUGUGAGACUGAAGGAGGAGAGAGAAGCAACAGUGUCAACAUCUCUGUCACUGAUGGUUCUGUGCUCCUGGACAGUCCUGUACUGCCUGUGAUGGAGGGAAACAAUGUGACACUGACCUGCAGAAACAAGACAAAUUUUCCCCACCUCACAGCUGGUUUCUAUAAAGAUGGCCUCCUCAUCAGGAGCAGCUCUACAGGAGAGAUGACCAUCCACAGUGUUUCCAAGUCUGAUGAAGGACUCUACAAGUGUCACAUCUCUGGAGCUGGAGGAUCACCAGAGAGCUGGAUGGCUGUCAGAGCUGGUUCAGUGAUCCUGGAGAGUCCUGUCCUCCCUGUGGAAGAAGGCAACAACGUGACUCUGACCUGCAGGAAGAAGAUGUCUUCUUUACAUCUGACAGCUGGUUUCUAUAAAGAUGGCCUCCUCAUCAGGAGCAGCUCUACAGGAGUGAUGACCAUCCACAGUGUUUCCAAGUCUGAUGAAGGACUCUACAAGUGUCACAUCUCUGGAGCUGGAGUAUCACCAGAGAGCUGGAUGGCUGUCAGAGCAGCUCUCAGAGACAACCUGUUACAUACUGUUAANACCAUCCACAGUGUUUCCAAGUCUGAUGAAGGACUCUACAAGUGUCACAUCUCUGGAGCUGGAGGAUCACCAGAGAGCUGGAUGGCUGUCAGAGCUGGUUUCUACAAAGAUGGCCUCCUCAUCAGGAGCAGCUCUACAGGAGAGAUGACCAUCCACAGUGUUUCCAAGUCUGAUGAAGGACUCUACAAGUGUCACAUCUCUGGAGCUGGAGGAUCACCAGAGAGCUGGAUGGCUGUCAGAGACCUCUUCAUACAUGUCGUCCUCGUCUUAAGGACGGUGUUCACCAUAGUGAUGGUGCCUCUGCUGCUGCUGCUGGUGGGACUGCUGCACUGUGGGAAACUCAGAGUUACAGUUGCACAAACAUAA